AUGGCGUCCUACCGCAUCAGGCAGUACCGGGAGCAGGACUACGAGGCGGUGCGGAGCCUCUUCGCCCGCGGCAUCCUGGAGCACGCCCCGGCCGGCUACCGCCACUUCCUGCGCUCGGCCUGGGCACAGCUGGGGCUGCUCAUCCUCUUCAUCGGGGCACGAGCGGCUGCCGGCUGCUGGGUACUGGGGCUGGGUGCCGUGGCGGUGGCACUGGUGGCCUCCUGGGUCCAGGUCCGCUCCUUGAGCACGACCUACGUGCAGCAGGCUCUGAGCACCGACCUCCUCGACAUCUCCAGCAGCUACCUGCGGGCACCCAACUCCUGCUUCUGGGUGGCAGAGGCCAAGGGGACUGUGGUGGGCAUGGUGGCUGUGACCCCACCCGAGGAUCCAGCAGAGAGAGGGACGGCCCUGGAGCUGAAGCGAAUGUCGGUCAACAAGGACUACCGGGGCCAGGGCAUCUCCAAAGCGCUCUGUGGGGAGGUGCUGCGCUUCGCCCGGGCACGGGGCUUCGGGGCCGUGGUGCUCUCCACCUCCAUGGUGCAGGUGGCUGCCCAGCAGCUCUAUGAGGGGCAGGGCUUCAAGAAGGUAGGAGCCUCCAGCCCCUCGCUGCUUGCUGCCAUCCUCUGCUUCCAGAUCUACCAUUACCGCUGUGACCUGCCCGGCCGCACCGCAGCCCCACCACACUAG